GACAUUCUUGGGCGCCUUGCUUGCACACCUUGACCCAACUUGAGAUUUGCGUCCAACGAUUACACACGAGUCUAUCCACCCAUUACUGCCUUCAUCAUGGCCUCGAAGGAGACAGAAAAGAACCCUCAGGGUAAGGGCAAGGACAAGUCGGUCAACGAUGAGCCAGAGGAGGUUCAGGAGAAGUUCUCUCCUGAAGAGGAGGCGUCCCUCCUGGCUGAGGCCAACACUCACAAAACCGAAGCAAACGCCCUCUUCACCUCCUCAAAAUACGAUGAAGCCAUCGCCAAGUACGACGAAGCCGUCUCCGUCUGCCCAAACUACCUGGAUUACGACCUCGCCGUCCUACGCUCAAACAUCUCAGCCUGUCACCUGAAGCUAGAGCAAUGGAAAGACGCAAUCUCAUCCGCUUCAUCUGCUCUCGACGGCCUAGACCGCAUCGAAAAGGAAGCCGCGCUAGAGCAGGAACGCCGCGAGAAGGCAAAAGCAGAGGAGGAGGAGGGCGUGGAAGAGGAGAUUGUCAGCACUGGCGCUAGCACCGCUGCACCCGCGCCAGUAACGAACACGGAUGACGCAGAGGAGGUCGCGCGUCGGAAGAGGAAGGACGAUGUCGUGCGUAUUAGAGCCAAGGCAUUGAUGCGCAGAGCGAGGGCGCGGAGUGAGGAGGGCGGAUGGCAGAAUCUUGCGGGUGCUGAGGAGGAUUACAAGACGCUCUCCAAGAUGAGCAACCUCGCGCCGGCGGAUCGCAAGAUUGUGCAAACGCAGUUGCGUAUGUUGCCGCCUAGGACCAAGGCUGCGCAGGAGGCGGAGACGGCGGAGAUGUGGGGGAAGCUCAAAGAUCUGGGUAACGGCAUUCUUAAGCCAUUUGGCCUAAGUACAAACAACUUCCAGAUGGUCAAGGAUGAGAAGACUGGUGGCUAUUCGAUGAACUUCAAUCAGGGUCAAUGAGCCUGUAAUGAUCCAUCACCGCCUCUCUUCUGUAACCAUGCUCAAGUUGACCUGGGCCACCUACCAUGGUCAGUUUGCUUAGGUACAGAUAGCAUCCUGUGAUACACAGCAUAGGCAAUCAGCGAUGUUGCCAUGGUCAUCAGCACCAUGUCGCAUGUUCAGCUCCCUCGGGCUAAGAUAGUAAUACAUCUUAUGUCCUGCAGAGUACG